CGAGAGGCACGCACGCUAUUGCAGAGGCGAUGCGUCUACUGAGCUGUCUUACGCUGGAGAACUGACAAGAUGCGCUGUCAAACCACCGAACAACCGCGGGGAGAUGGAGUGGUUAAGACAUCUUCUCGGGGAGACGUGUGUGUUUUUGGGAUACUGAGGAAGAACAUGGGAGAGAUGUGUAUUUUCUCACGAGGCAGCCGACGUCCUCAUUACGCACUGCGAUUUAAAUAGUGCAUCAUCCUGAGAAACGUGUGACAUUUACGCGAAUCGAGAUCACGACUUGCACCGCACUGGCCAGCACCUGAUCCAGUGCUCCUGAGAGUUCACCUGGCUCUGAGGCAGCCACAGGAAUGCUUCAGCAGAACAACAACAAUAACUACCCAUGCCUGGACCGUGCCAUCCUCCAGGACAGUGGGAAAAGCAGUGUGCCAUUUGCCGGCCCCCUGGACUUCGGCGACAUGUCGCUCAUCAAGACCCUGCGGGCGUGGGCACGAAGUGGCUUGAGUGCCAAGGCGAGAGAUGGCACUGCCCCUUUGCAUCAUCACCUCGCCAAGUCGUGCCAACCAAGCAGCGGGUCAGGUCAAGGCCCAGGGGCUCCCCUGACCAUCAGGCCCGCCACUAGCGGCUCCGCGAGAGGGGUCGUUGGGGGAGGUGGACAAGCGGGCCUGGGCGCUCUGGUUACCGUGGCGACGCUGAAGGCCUCAGAGGGUGGGCGUCAGACACAGACACGUUGCCUCCUCCUGAAGGCUGAGGGCCGGAACUACGUGUGCGCCGUCAGUGGCGCCAACCGGGGCGGCCUGACACCCCCAUCCCGCGCCACUUUGGUGGGCAGCUGGUUGCGAGAGACCGUGGUCGGGUCCAAAGACGCCUCAGGAGCGAAGAGCGCGGCUCGGAGUGGCCAGUGCGACGGAGAGGUGUUUCGCGUGAAGCCCAGGCCUGCGAAGAAGUGGCGGAAGCUGCACUCGCCCACUACGAUCACCACGCACACCGACGCGGCUCAGAGGGGCCACUCGCCCACUACGAUCACCACGCACACCGACGCGGCUCAGAGGGGCCAGGAGCACGAUGGCAGCCUUCACAAGCUGGAGGAGAUCCAGCCACAGCAGCAGCAGCAGCAGCAGCAGCAGCAGCACGGGGCCAAGAGAAACUGUGUGAGCGCACGGCUCAACAUUCACGGGAGGAAAGCCAGAGGGUCGGCGCAGAGGGGGAGCGGUCGGACGGCGGACAGGAGAGGGACAGCGAGGACAGCGUCCAAACAGGACAGUUCACACGACACCUUUAACAUCAUUAACGUCCCCUGUGCCGAGCACUGCGCCCACUCGGUAAAAGCCGACCCGAAGAAGCCCUGGACUGACUGCACCGCUGCUGGAUCUGAAUCUAAAGGGGAGGCCUACAGAGUUGUCACUGAGCCCAGUUGCCAAAUCCGCCAUUUUAAAGAAUCCCCAGACAAAGAGGAGAAAAAGAUCACUCUCCACAUCAACAGCUUAGGAGAGGCAGAGGAAGAGGAUCCUUUGUCCCUGGACAGAACUGGCGAGACAGUGUGUAGCGUAAAGGAGACUCAUGAGACAACACAACAGAGAGCUAAAGAACUUACUGAGGAGUCUCUGCCCAGUAGAUGGGUCAGCAACCUCAGUCCUGGGAGACGCUGUUGUACUGAACUGGGCCUGGAGAAACAACACUGCUGUUGUAAGGAUGAAGAAACAGGUUUUACAAACAGCAAAGACCUGUCCAAACCGGGGCCCUCCGAUAAAGCAGACAAAGAGGAAUUAGAGGCUCUUAUUAGGCUGUCGUUGUUAGAUAUAAAGCGACCUUAUGGAUGUCUGUGUGUGGAAAGGGACUCUAAAGGAGGAGAAGAAGUAGAUGGUAGAGUUGAGAAUGGCCCUAAAUCAAAUCUUCUCAGCGAGUCUCCGCAGACAGAGAGGGAAGAGGCACCACAGGGGCUGGUGAGCGUGGAGGCCCGAUCUGGGCAGAAUCCAGAUGAGGCUGUCGCAGCAGCAGAGGAUCAUGGGAAGGAGGGACGGCAUUCAGCAGGGGCUCUCAGAACCUUUGCACUCACCGAGGGAGGAGGAGGAGGAGGAGGAGGAGGAGGAGGAGGAGGAGGUGCCGCUGGUGGCGGGCACGGGGAACAGCAGGACUUGGGGAUUAGAUCAGCCGAUAACAAUCCCCCUUGGACAGCUCCCACGGCGAGCAACCCAGCCAGGACCGGCGCCAAUCCUGCUGUUAGAGUCCCUUCCACCACCAGAACCACCACUACUGCUGCUACCACUACCACUGCCGCCGUCGCUCAUGCUCACCCUAAUCCUGCCCCCCCGGGAGCCAUGGCAACAGGCCCAAAGAGGGAGAAGGCGGAGACCGAAGGUGGGGCCAGUGAGGCCGGAGAGGCCGAGGUCGACGCAGAGGCUGAGCCGCCGAGUGAGGGGCCGCUGGGAGAGCCAAGCGUGGCAGAGACCCACGCAGCCACCACAGUGGCCACAGCCGGCCAGAUCCUUGGAGGAGGAGGAGGAGGAGGAAGAGGGCGGGAGGGGGAAGAGGAAGAGGAGGAGGAUGAGUUCGGGGGGUUCUUGCAGGCAGGCGAGGCCCCGGUCUGGGAGGACGGCUUCGCGGAGUUCCACCAAGUGCCUUGUGGGAAAGUGGAGGUUUCUGACAAAGGUAACGUGUCAUCCUGGCAAUCUGAUUGGACAGCGAGUUCAUUCCACCAAUCAGACGUCUCCUGGGCCGCCUUCAGCCAGGACGGCGGGGAUGAGAUAGCAUCUGGGAAUUGGUGGCCGCAGACGGUCAUGGAGGACGAGGCAGAUGAUCUUAAUGCACCAAGGGUGUUUCUAGAGGCCUUCCCACCUGUGCCGAGCACGACCUUUGACCUCAAUGGAAUUCCAACACUGAAACAGCUCCUGCAGGGGACUGCGGAAGAGAAGAGAACCCCAGAGGAUCAUGGAGAGACGAGCCUGUUGGAUGGCUUCCAGGACUUGAACAAGAUGUUUGGCCUGAAGCACAAACGGACUGAAUCUCCUUCCUGGAAGCGCCUCCUGACAUCGCUGCAGGUGGACUCCCGUCGUUCAACCCAUCCGAAGGACCUGCCUCAAGGUCAUGACCUCAACACUGGGCAUCCUGUGGUCAGCCUGCAAGUCCCACUGGCCAGCAAGAGGAGGCUCUCAUACGACCUGAACAGGAACCUUCUGCCGUGAAUUCCCACAAUGCCCCUUUGCCUGACACCCUCUCUCCCUCUUUCUCUCUCUCCCUCUCUCUAUUGCGGCGAGAUCUGCUCAACCAAAACAACUCACGGACCGCUUUAUGGAUGCAAGACAGACAGAAAAUGUUGAGAGGUUCCAUGUGUUUUGUUUGGUUGGUUUUACUGGGUUCAUAACUAUUUUGAUUUGGGUUUCUUAGUCCUUUUGUUUCAGUGUCCUUCUAGUCAUCUCUCACUAAUAGUGACCAAUCCUACAGUGCGACUAUGAUUUAUUCCCAUUUAAAAGAAAGAAUGAGGAUCACUAACAUCAUCCACAUGCCUGACUAAAACUGGAUGAGUUCAUGUGUCAUCAGUGCCAAUUGAGCUAGCAGGUUCCUCUGGCCCUAGUCUGGCUCAGACUCCCAGUAAACUGUUAGCUGAUGAUGUUUCUCGCAUCAACACCGUAACCACCGCAACACUUAGUGAUAAUUCUGUUUAGUAAAGAAAUACAUGUAUUUUUCAUUAGGGCUUCAGGAGCUGCAUCUGUUUUCAUUUGUUACACUGUGUAUAAGUGUCAAAGGUCAAGCUACUGUUUCCCAUUGCAAUCAUGAGACAUUCAUACUGUAUAUUUGUGCAAGUAUGGAUUCUUUUUAUCACAGUUUAUCAAUAAGCUUGAGUUUAAUUGCAGUGCCCUAUGAGGACAAAGAUUUAAGACACACAGGACUGUGUGUCUAUGCAGAAAAUGUAAGCAUAAAAGCAUUCAUGCUCCACUAAGACUCUGAUGACUUCCUGUUCCAAUGUGAAUGUUUGUAGUGUCAUGUAGUACGGAUCAUUGAAAUCUGAAGUGUUUGUGUGAUAUUUUUACAUUAAUUCACCAAGGGAAAAAAAUAAUGUUUUCUGGGUUGUUUAAAGGGCAACUUUUAACAUUUUAAAUUGAGCUUGUUAUUCGUGUUGAAACAACAGAAAGUGUCAUGUGGCCAUGUAGUUUACAAUGUUUCAUCUUUGACCAAAUUAUAUUCUUUUUUUUCCCUUUUAUUGUCUUGCUGAAGUUUCAUUUGGGAUUAUUAAACUUUUUAUGAGCA